AAAUAAUUACUUAUCUAUUAAAAACUUAAUAGAUUUUAAACUCAAUGACUGUUUGGAGAAAAUUAUUUGGUAAAUAUCUUCUAGUCACAAAUACUGUGAGCUGUGGUUUAAUGAUGGCAAUAGCAGAUAUUAUUCAACAACGUAAUGAAUACUUAAAAAAAUAUAAAUAUUUACCAAAUGGAACUUAUGUAAUGGCAGCAUCUCCAGAUAUAGAACAAAAGUUUCAUAAUUUAAAGAUUUCUGAUAUUUAUAUGCACGAUUAUGUGCGAACUAAAAAUAUGAUGAUUGUAGGCCUAUUUCAAGGUCCCUUUCAUCACUGGUUCUAUAUGAUUUUAGAAAAGGUAUUGCCCGGAAAAAAUGCUGUAUCCGUUAUUAAAAAAACUUGUCUAGAUCAAAUUAUUGCCAGCCCAAUUUGUCUAGGAAUAUUUUUUAUUGGUCUUGGCUUUUUAGAACAUCACAAUAUGAAAGAGAUUCAUGAAGAGAUGAAAGUGAAAUUAUACGACACGUGGAAGGUUGAUUGCUGUUUUUGGCCUCCAACACAAUGUGUAAAUUUUUUCUUCAUACCGCUUCGUUAUAGAGUAUUAUAUACUAAUUUUAUGACAAUGAUUUAUGAUAUUUUUCUAUCAUAUAUGAAAUAUGAUGUGCAGUAUCAAUAAUUGAAUAUUUCAAAGCUAGU